CGUAGAAAAGUUCCAUGUUAACUAUAUGUGACAACUUUCAAAGUUAGCAAAACACGUGGCGAGCCUUGCACCUAUUCGAUAUUUAUUUCUCAAAAGUGACCGCAAGCAACAGGUAGGAAAUCAUAUAACAAACAGCAUACAUACGCCGGAAACGGUCUAAUAACCUUGACUUUCACCAUCUUCUUUCCAUCUUUCUGCUUCUCUCUUUCACCCUUCGUCCUUAUUGUAUCUAUUGUCUUCUACACUAGGUACAUACCUAGGGCUCGUUAAUUCUCCAAUCUCGACUUACCUAGGAAAAAGUAUUUGUAUAAUGUGAAAGGUAAAGAUAGCGAAAUUUGACGAGCCUCGUCAGUGCAAUAUCAGAUCAGGUCCCCCCUAAACUGGUUUCGUCAGAGGACAAUGAACUAUCCAUCCUUGUUCUCACCUCCUUCAUCGCUGUGUAAUAAAUCCGACCAUCUUGGUUCAAGCCAAUAGAUAAUACCUUCAACAAUUCACUCGCACCCAUCACUCGCUACUUACUAGCACCUACUCUGCAUCAAAAUUCAUAGAAUAUUCACAACACAUAGUGGGACAUAACACAUCUAAAUCUCCAAUAUGUCUAGCAAUGACAACCUCGUUUCGUCUCGGAGACCAAAUGGCCCAUCUGCCAGUAAUGUCACAUUUCGUAACGCAUCACAUCGAAAUAGGGUCAUUGAAGGCCGUAUCACCAAGCUCAUGAAGUCAGCCAAGAACCUUACAAGAGGAAAGGAGAGUAUAAGAGUGCCAGGAUCAGUGCUUCCACCAGUUGACAGCGGAGAGGACCGGAGAGAUGAAACGAACGAGCUGCCAGAAGAGCUUCUAGUUCCCAAUGCCGAAGACAUGUUGAAUUACCUUCACAAUAUCGCAAGAGAAUCGGCGGCAAUGCAUGAAGCGUCAAUGCAUGAAGCGUCAAGCGAAGAUAGAUCACGUAGCCCAACCAUAUAUUCUUCUGCUACUCAAGAGACAAAUACAGAAUCCAAUCCGGACUAUGAUCUAGACGACGGGUGGCGCUAUGAACAAAUUUAUAUUAAUCAGAUCUUAAAAGCGCGCGAUGAAUACACACUCAUGCCGACUACUUGGAGAAUGCAUUUUCGGGGUGUUCCUCUACCGGACGGUCUGUUCUAUGUCAAGACCCAGGCUGUAAGUGCUCGGCCAAGAAUAUAUGCGCUUAAUGAUCGAUUGGAGUAUCAGGGAGCCACCGCACUUCGCCGACUCAUGGAGAUUCAUGGGCGCAUUCGGGACCUCCGCAAAGAUCAAAAAAUACUUCCGGGUAACAAAGGCCGAAUUGCCAGGCAUAUCACAAAAAGGCUUAGAGAUGCCCUGCACUGGGCCGAGCUUGAUGGGGGCUUCGCCGAAUAUUCACGCGCGCUCGCGUCGAACGUUACAAUCUUGGAGGUGGACAACGUUGAAAGGCUAAAGAUGGACACCCAUAUCCAAGAGCAAAUGUCAGAGUUUGCUGCGGAAUGGCGAGCAAUACUCAGGGUUGUGCCCGAAAAGCAGAGGCCGGUAGCGCCGGUGUUGUUCGGGUUCGUCAUCCUCAAGCAUAUCUUGUUCAUCGUUACGUUGAACAGCAAUGAUCCGAAGGCCAAGUGUCAUGUGCCAUGCCAAUUAAACUUAUCGGAGAGAAACCAGCAACAGUGGAACGCAUUGGCAAUUAUGGUUACCAUCUGUUGGGCCCGAGACCUGUUCUUAGGCCUGGUGAAGAGCCUGCCCGUCCUUGACUUCAGUGGCCAUGACAAGAAUCCGGAGUCGAGUGACCCAGACGUUUAGUCGAGUGACCUAGACACUUAGUAGUCAAUGGAGCAGUGGAGGAGGAAAGAUGGACUGAAACGGGUUUCCUUUAGGUGAAUGUUUCUACCUGGGUUAUUUUCAUUGGGAUCGUUGUCUUUUUUUGGGGGCUCAUCGUCUAAUCCGAAAGUACCUCGCGAUCCUCACGAUAUACCAGAAACGCAAAGCUGAGAGUGUUCAAGAUUUCCAUCGUGAGAUGUCAUCUAUACAUGGUACAUAGAUGUCAAUGUAGAAUCAGAAUUGUAUUGGUAGGAAUAUGAGAUGCAACAAUGAAAGCAGAGUGCUCCCCUGCUCCCUUGACUUACAUAAGUUAAGGUUGUGGAUC